GCAUUUUUCAAAGGGAAAAUAUAGAAACCUGACUUAUAUUUACGUCAACAAUUUUAGAUUUAAAAAUGGCCAAGGAAAUCAAGAAGACUAAGAAGGAAAGCACCGCUGUUGUGGAAGGACGCGCCACUGCUGCCAAAGCAAGCAAACCAAAAAAGACAGAUAAGAAACGUUCAUGGUUUUCCUUCGGAACUAAAGAAAGUGAAUCUAGUAGUGAUGAUGAACCAACACCCACACCUCAAGUAGAAGAACCAGUAACUAUCAAAAUACCCGCACCCGAAUCUUCAAGCUCCGAAUCUGACAGUGAAUUGGAGGUUGUCCCCAAGACCCAACCAGCCAAACCAGCCCCGAAGAAACGUGCUGUUGCUGAGUCCACGGUUGCGUCAAAGGGUAAACCCAAGCCCACCGCACAACAAAAAACUGUUAAGACACCAGCAAAGAAACAGCAGAAGCCUACUGCGGGUACUAAAGAAGUAGUACCAACGAAGACACCUGCCAAAGUAGCACCAGUUAAAGAUGAUUCCGAUUCGGAAACUGAUGAAUCAAGCGAUGAAGAAAUUCAACCUACUAAAUCCAUGCCACUCAAGGAUGACUCGGACUCAGAAGAGGACACUUCAAGUGAUGAGGAGAUGGCCAAUGAGAAACCAGUACCAGUUGAUGAUGACUCGGAUUCCGAAGAGGACGAUGAAUCAAGUGAUGAUGAUGUAAUUGUUGCCAAACCAGCACCCAAAACUUCGAAGGUAGCGCAUAUCAAGGAUGAUUCCGACUCCGAUGAUUCUUCUUCCAGCGAUGACGAAAUUGUACCGAUAGCUGUCACCAAGAAAUCAGGUGUACUCUCAGGGGCUAAGAAAGAUGACGAUAGUGAUUCUGAUGACUCUUCAGAUGAGGAUUCCGAUGAUGAUAGUGAUUCAGACGAUUCCUCAGAGGAUGAAGACUCUGACGAAGAUAGCGAUUCUGAUGACUCAUCUGACGAUGAAUCUACAUCGGACGAUAGCGUUAAACCUGAACCAUCAAACAAGAUGGAUGUCGAUGACGACGAAUCAUCGGAUGAAGAGGAGGAUUCUUCCGAAGAUGAGGCAGAAGUAAAGACAGCCGCUAUGGUGGAUGAUGAUGAAGAUACAUCGUCUGAAGAAGAAAUGGUCAAGCCUGAACCGGCACCAAAGAAACAAAAGGCGAAGAAACCAGCCGCUACCGAAUCAUCCAAGGGCGAUAGAAACGAGAUUUAUUGUGGUGGGCUACCAUUCCAAAUCACCGAAGAGGAAGUGAAGGAGCUAUUCGAAGGUGAUUGCGGCCCGGUAGAACGCGUCAAUCUGUUACACCGUAAGGGUAUCGCUUUCAUCACGUUCAAAACCAACGAAGCUGCCGAAAAGGCAUUGGAGUACAAUGAAACUGCUUAUCAAGGACGGAAUCUUAGGAUUAACAUAACAGCAGAUCGUGUCAAACCAGAAAAACAAGCAGGAUUCGGUAAUGACCAAAGUGACAUACCCCAAAGUGGAACUGAAGUGUGUAUCCGCAACCUGAGCUACAACACUACCGAGGAAACCAUGCGUGAGCUUUUCUCAGAGUGUGGUGAAGUCAUCCGAUGCGUUAUUCCCAAAUUCGAAGAAAAUGGAAAGAGCAUGGGAAGGUGCUUCAUCGGCUUCACCAGCGAAGAAGCUGCCGCUAGAGCAGUGGAGUAUGAUAACACAGAAAUCGACGGAAGAACAGUAAGCAUCCAGUACGCUAGACCAAGAACACCAAGAGGAGAAUCGCGUGGAGGACGUGGUGGAUUCGGUGGAAACGCUCGUGGACGAGGAGGAAUGGGUGGAAGAGGCGGAUUUGGUAACAGCCGUGGCGGAAGAGGACGCGGUGGAAGUAGAGGUGGUUUCGGAAAUAGCCGUGGAGGUCGUGGUGGAUUUGGUGGUGGGUCAGGUGAUUUUAAACGCAAAAAUGAAAACCCAAACAAUAUCGAAAUUGACCCAAAGAAAUCCAAGUCAAUCGUAUUCGAAGACUCAGAUUGAAUUGGAGACAACAGACAUGA